CGCCUCUGCCAUCUUUGCUCGAUUACCGUUCGAGCGCUUUAAACCUUCAAACAUGGCGGAGAUGUGUCACUCUCAGUCUUAUUCGACCUUCUCGUUUUCAUAAUUACUUCCGCUGUAGGUCCAAAGAAAGUGCCCCAGAUAUGAUCCGAGUUUUCGUGCCAAACUACCGUCAAGUCUACGCCCCGAACGGCCGCCAGUACGUCGUCUACUGCGUCGAAGUAACCGUGUCGGGGGUGUGUCACAAGCUGGAGCGGCGUUACAGGACAUUUCACGCCCUCCACAAGAAAGUGAAACGGAUGCUGGGCAACCGAGCCCCGAGCGGUUUUCCACCGAAGCGGCUACGAAGCCUCAACCCGAAGCUUCUCGAACAGCGACGGAUCGGCCUGGAACACUACCUGCAGAAUCUUGUGAGAGUUCCCACGUUGUCCAAUCAGCUGUUGUCGUUCCUCGAAGUGCCCACGCCGAUGUCGCCAGCAGCGAGCGUCGCUUCGAACGACAGCGACGAACAAGAGUUUAAACCGCUUCAUCAGCCCGUGCUGGGCUUCGUCAAGGAUCCUUACCCGGAUACGUCGAGCAGUGAUUCGUUGCCCGAUAUCGUGAUGCAAGGUGUCAUGACGGGGCUAUUUGGCUACGACGACUAGAACCGCUUGGUUCUACGCUCUUGUAAAAGCCAUGUUCGGGGAGAUCAGCUCGUAGAACGAGUUUCAGGGUGUGUUUUGACUCGUGGGAGAGUUGCUCGUUUGAGCAAUCGGGUGUUACAGUCGUAAUUGGUGGGUGUCACAACUUACGAAAUGACAAUUUAUGAUCUGCGCAAGUUAGACUUGUUAGCUAUCGUGGUGAGUGACGAAACCUCGCUCAUUUUUGUCAUGGUUCGUGCACGACUUUAUGAUAGUGUCAUGACCCUGAAGGUGCUUAGAGGUAAGCUCUGCUAGGGGCCAUGUAUGCCGCAAUAUGUGCGGAGUUCUGGCAUUGGGCGUAAAACUUACGAAAACAUUGUCACACCAACUGAUUUUUGAUCUGACAAUUACUAAUGGCUGCUACAAACUAUUGGGAAUUGUUUUUGAGCUUUAUCUCUCAACCUCCUUAUUAUUGCUAGUAAAUGUGAUAAAUAGUGCAGAUGUCAUUUAUAGACAUGUUUACUUUGACAACAGACAUAAGAAAUAAUAUUAAAUAAUUUGUGUUAAAAUAUAACAAAAAAAACCUGCCAUUGUUAUUCUCAGUUUGAGCUUAGAUGGACCGUAGAGUAUGCUAGGAUCCAUUGAAGCCAAUCAUAUGUCAUGCCAGUGUCACAUGAGCUUUGGAAGGCGUGCUGUGGUGCAUGGGGUACAGUCAUGCGGUAUGUUUGCAGCACUGAAUUGGCCGAGAUGGCUUGUAGUGUCCGCUGCCGUCCAUCGUAAGCUGAAACAGUAUGACCAAGACCUGUUCUCCCGGCGGCCUUAGCACUCUGGACAAUCUUUUUGUCACUUCCAGUCUUCCUGGAACUGAAAUUCAACCAGAGAUUGCUAUUAGCUUAAGAGUAUAUUCUGAAAUCAACUGGCUUCCUAGUAUAUUGCGGCCACUAGUUCUCAAAUUUCCUUACUGCACCACGUCUGUUUGUCGUUCAUUAAUUACGGGAGUCAGUUUUGCCGGCGAGUUCUUUCAGAAUUUAUCACACUGUAACCAUGUCGCAGGAUUCAUUCAACUGUGCACAUUUAACGUUUGUUUUUCUGCUUUUGUUCUUCUAUUUCUUGUUAACAUUGUAUCGAGUCUAAGCUAAAAAUACUACCUAUUCUGUACAUGCUUCUACAUCUUUAUAUUUUGUUGAUUUAUGUAUAGUUUAUGAUGUUGUUAAGACUGUCCAAUUGCUACUUAUUGAAUGUAAGCACUCUGCAAAGAUGAAAUAUCAACCUUUGAAUGCUUG